AUGUAUGUAGAAGCGUUUGUGUACGAUGGGAAGGGCAAUAACCUCAUAGCCAACCCGGCACAGACCAAAUACGUUGCCUUCAACAACAAGGCCAGGACUUGGAACACCUUCUUGAAGUUAUCUGUCGGUUACAAUCAGUUAAGCAUUGAUUCGUAUGUGAAGUUUGUCCUCUACGAGUUCCUGAAUGCCUCGCCAGUCCCGUUUGGAGUAGGCUACAUCUCCUUAUACAAUAAGUCCUCGUCUACGUUGAGGUUCGGGUCUCAGAAGGUAUCUAUCUACACCAUGGAUAAUCUCAAUGUGGCCCCAACGGUGGAGUAUACGGAUCCUAAACAUCUUAGUGGAUUGGAGAAGAGUAUCAUUGAGUAUGAAAACCGCAAGUUUGAACGAGUGACCUGGCUAGACAAAAUGAGUCUUUCAAUGGUUGAACUGAAGUCCAAUGAAGAUCAACAGCUCAGUUCUGAAAGUAGUAGUGGGUCUGCUCCUUAUUAUCUUUAUGUUGAGUUCCCGAGCUUUGGCCUUCCGAUUGUUUAUUCAGAUAUCAACUAUCCUACUCCACAAUUGGAUGCUCAUAUGAAAGCCGCAGCAACAGCAGGAUCAUCUAAACCGAUUCAACCUUCAAGAAGCGAAGAAACCAACAACAAUAACCAUGUCACGAGCUUGAUCCUCAAUUCCUUGGAAAUACCAGUAACUCCAAUGAACAAAGUGUAUGAUCCAGAUUUCCAAUUGGCAGUGGUUGGUACUGGCACCGAUUCGUCCAAAAACUUGGUGAUGGACCCAAUAGAGUUGAAGUACCAUAAACUAGAAAGAAACACCAAUAAUAACUCUCUUUUAGAUAAGGAGUUGAAGCCGUCGCCUAAACUACGAGACCAGUUGCUCAGAAUCUUAGCCAAACCUUCAAACGUCGUUCUAACAGACACAGAAAAUAACCUAAUCUGGAAGUUCAGGUACUAUUUUAGUCGGAACAGCACCGACGUGGGCUUGGGAAGCGGAGGGACCAGUAAAUCGUUCUUACCCAAAUUUUUGAAGGCUAUUAACUGGGAAAACGAGUACGAACUUGAUCACGUAUUUGAAGAUAUCUUCCCCAAUUACUGGAGUGUUGACAGGAUUCAAAUUGGUGAUGCUUUAGAGCUUUUGGGAAGCUAUUUUGAUCCCUUUAAAUUGGCUUCCAAUAGUAUCACCGGUUCAUCAGAAGAUGUCAUGGCCGGUGCAGCCGAAAAUAAUGGAAGAGAUCAAGAAACAAAGUUUCAAAGGGUAUUCAAGCAUGUGAUAUUUCUAAGAAAGUUUGCUGUGGAACGCUUGAGACUUGCAAGCAAUGAUGAGCUAUUGUUGUAUUUGUUGCAGCUUGUACAAGCGUUGAAAUACGAGGCUCGUAUUUAUAGUCAACGCAUACCCCUGGAAUUCCAAAUUGCAGACGAGGUUCAUAAGGACCAGAACCUUUUGAAUUCUCCAUUGGUGAAGUUCUUGGUGGACAAUUCUGUGGAGAACGAAGCUCUUGGAAAUUAUUUUUAUUGGUACGUUAAAGUGGAACAUGAAGAUCAGCUUUUGAAAGGAGACCCAAGCACCAGCAUUUAUUCAUUGGUCUUAAACAAGUAUAUCAAGUCAUUGAAGAAACACAGUCAAAAGUUCAAGUUACCCGGUUAUAAGAACCUUGAAAGACAGAUUUGGUUUAUCAAAAAGUUGACAAGAAUAGUUGAGCUUCUUAGAGCCACUUUCAAACGCAAUGAUGCAACGGCUAAGAAGGUUCAGUUCCUUCGUGACUAUUUAUCUGAUUCUUCCAACGAUCUCCUAAAGUUUCCUGAACCAUUCCCUUUACCAUUGGACCCUUCUGUGGUUAUCUGUGGAUGCUAUCCUGAAGAAUGUACUGUUUUUAAAUCGAGUUUGGCACCUUUAAAGAUCACGUUCAAGACCAUUGAAAAGCCCGAGUCAUCAUCUUCGUCGUCUUCUCAAAUGAUCUUUCGCAAGCGAACAAAACACGGCAAGUACUCGCUAAUGUUCAAAAUUGGUGAUGACCUCAGACAAGACCAAUUGGUCAUACAGAUCAUCAACCUAAUGGAUAACUUGCUUAAAAACGAGAACCUCGAUUUAAGGUUAACACCAUAUAAAAUCCUUGCUACCAGUCCUCUGGCCGGACUUAUUCAAUUUGUGGAGAACGAAACUCUUGAUUCUGUGUUGGUCAAGCAGUAUCCAGUUUCUGUUGUUAAUUUCAACUCUAGCGAUAUUCCCUCUAUUGGUAGUGGUGGUGGUGGUAGGGAUACGUUUGCUGGAGAAGAGAGGAUAUCUUCUAGUAACGGUAUCUUGAGUUAUCUCAGACUUCAUAGUGCAGAUAGCAAGCCACUGUUAGAGAGUGAUUCGUUGCGUGCGCAUCCGGGCAUUUCAGCAUCUUUAGCUUCCACAUCAACUUCAACGUCGACAACAACAACAACAACUGCUACAGCAUCUUCUUCAUCAACAGGAAUUAACAAUAAUAGUAAUAAUAUUUCAAGUACGGUGGUCCAGGAACAUGCCAGCACUUCCAAUUUAGGAGUGUCGUCAGCACUCAUGGACAAUUACGUCAAAUCUUGCGCUGGCUAUUGUGUCAUCACGUACAUUCUUGGUGUCGGGGACAGACAUUUGGACAACUUGCUUCUUUCUCCCAACGGGAAGUUCUGGCAUGCAGACUUUGGGUACAUCUUGGGAAGGGACCCCAAACCCUUCCCCCCCUUGAUGAAAUUGCCUAUGCAAGUUAUCGAUGGGAUGGGUGGACUUGAGCAUGAAAACUAUAACAUCUUCAAAAGUUACUGUUUCUUGACAUACACCACGCUCAGAAAGAAUAGUAACUUGAUAUUAAACUUGUUUCAAUUGAUGGUUGAUGCCAACAUUCCCGAUAUCAAGGCAGAUCCAUACAGAGCCGUGGAGAAGGUUCAGGAGAAGUUUGGCUUGGAGAUGUCAGAAGAAGAAGCCAUCAUUCAUUUCCAAAACUUGAUCUCUGAUAGUGUCUCGGCCGUCUUGCCAGUUGUGAUAGACAGACUACACAGUUUAGCACAGUACUGGCGAGCAUAA